GCGGCCCGCGCACGAGAAGGACGGCGGCGCGCAGCAUCCGCUUAGCAAGUCCAUCUUCCCGCAGCCGCAGUUCGUCGCCAGUCCCUUCAGCACGGCUAUGCCGCCGCAUCUCACCAGGCACAAAGGCCACCAGACAACGAAUUCAAGCGUUGCUGUGAAGGCGGAUGCCGUACAGACACUGGCGUCCUCGGGCGGAAACGAAAAGACUUAUGCAAUUCACAUGUACACUCCAACAGUGUCAAGCAGUCCUGGAGAGACCUUCCUAACGCAGACAACACAGAGUACAAAGAUGAUUCGCACGCAGAGGGAUCGCGACGACAAGGACUCUCCGCACAUAAAACGACCAAUGAAUGCGUUCAUGGUGUGGGCCAAGGAUGAGCGUCGCAAGAUACUGAAAGCCUGUCCCGACAUGCAUAAUUCAAAUAUCAGCAAGAUACUCGGCACGCGCUGGAAGUCGAUGAGCAACUCCGAGAAGCAGCCGUACUAUGACGAGCAGGUCCGGCUCAGCAAGAUGCACAUGGAGCAGCAUCCGGACUACCGCUACCGGCCGCGGCCGAAGCGCACCUGCAUCGUCGACGGAAAGAAGCUGCGCAUAUCCGAGUACAAGAGCAUGAUGAAGCAGAAGAGGGACCAGGUGCGGGGCACGACACGCAACAUGUGGAUCAGUGGCACGGGGCUGAACAGUCUCAUGCAGGACGGCCUGCUCUCCGGCACUCCUACCUCGACGAACGCCCUCAACAAGCUCGUGUCGCGCGCGGCAAUGAACAGCGCUGGUGGCGCCUUCGACGCGGUGGCCGUCAAGAAGGAGGGCGACUCGGACUGAGAGCGACGCGGGGUUUUUUCGGAUCGCGCGGCGCAGGGGGCGAGCGACAGCGACUUUUUGAUAUCGAGGAUUUUCGUCGGCAAGCGUCUUUUUGUAGCUUUGG